AUGUCUUCCGACAAGAAGAGAAAGGCUCCAUCGUCCACCGAGGCCCCCGCGUCCAUCGCCGUCAAAGUCCGGUCGGGAGAGGAUGCACGGACGCCCUACAUCGCGACCUUCCCCGGCGUAACUGCACCCCAGAACCUCACCUUCGACGCCUACAAACGCAAGAAGCCAAAGAAGUCUUCGGAGGCGAAGGAUGUCGUCCUCCACGGCUCCACCGACCGUAUCGAAUUCGACGCGCAGAAUUUCGGACACGGAGAGGAGGGGUUGUGCGAUUACUACGUCGGUAUCUACGAUAAAUCCACCAACAAGGUCGAGAUCGUCCCAGCUCCCCACGUACACGUCACCCGUACCGUCAAAGCCCUCAAGAACAUCUCCAGAGACGACAAAGGCCGUCAACAAUACCGCGAAGCGCGUAACGCACUCGGAGAAGCCUUCGGUACCAAGAAGGCGAAACAAGCGAUCAAGUCUCAGGACGCGAACAAGGUCGAGGCGAGCACGUUGGAUAAUGUCGCGGACGCAAUCGUUAGCGACGUCAAAGCCGCCACAAAGAACAUGCCCACUAAGGAAGACAUGAAGCGUGAACAAGAAGAGGACAGACCCAUUCCCACCCCCAACGUGGAGUCAGAAACCCCGGCGGGUGUAUACCCCCUGGACACCGUCAUCUCCCCCGCCGAACUCUCCAUCAUCAACGUCAAACCCUUCCUCGCACCCGACCUCGCAACCGACAAGAAGAAGCGGGAAGGGUUGUUGCCAUACCGACAAUCGACUUACGUCACCGACCGCCUCACCAAGAUCUUGUCUUCGAAUGCGGAGAAGAAGGAUACGCAUCGUCUCAAGUUGUUGUAUUAUGCGUCGCUGUUGAUGGCAUUCUACGUGAACCACCGCGUCGCGGGCAAGAAGGACAUCCUCUCCACCAAACUCGGCUCUCCACCCCAAAUCCUCGUCGACGGGUUCAUCUCCCGCUACACCGAACAACCCGGCGGCGACGCCCGCCCCGUCGUAACCGCAAAACGCCUCGACAAAGUGCUGUGUUACCUCUUUGUCGUAUGUCUCCACCUCGACAACUUCUCCGUCGACAUGAAUAUGUUGGCGGCGGAUUUAUCGCUCAAGGCGGCGAGGACGCAGGAGUUAUUUAGGACGUUGGGGUGUAAGGUUAUGGGAUGUACGGAGACGCAGAGGGUUGCGCUUAACAUCUCGAAGGCGGAGGCGAGGAAUUACAAGAGGGCUGUUCUGAAAUGUCCGCCGGAGUUCCCGGAGGUGAGGAAGCGUAUCAUGGCGAAGCGAUAA